AAUGUAAUUCAAUGACAGCAUUAAUAAUACUAAAUACUUAUCAAUUGGUUAUAUCAAGAGAUUACAAGUUAGACAAUGCAGUCGUCAACACGUGUUGGUCGCCGACGACCAUUGAUUGAGUGGUCGUUUGCCAAUGAGUUGACAUACAGUGACCCUAAAGCCGACAAUCAGUUGAUUCACUAUCGAUGUGUUGAUCCUAACAUCUUCAGCAACAGUCACUCGCGGUCUUUAUUGAGUGAAUCGAUGUCUGUAUUUAAGUCAUUACAACGUUUAUCGACCAAAUGUGAUGCSCUGUCUAAGAAUGAACUAAUCAAAGGUAGCCGAAGAUAUCGAUCGGUAAUUCACUCGUGUUUUUACAAAUUAGUCAACAAUUUGGACAAAUCAGACACAAAUGACAAGACAUUAGCGUUAAGUCAUAUGUUGUCGCAGAUGGAAAUAGUGUGGAAUUUAUGUGAAAUCUUAUUCAUUGACAUUCAAAGCAAUGGAUAUCUAUUGAACCAAUUGUUGGUUUGGAGUAAAUGGCAUUUUACCGAAAACAAUGAAAUGACCGCUCGUGUGACCUCUUGUGAAAUGCCUAACAUUGAUCCCAACUAUUGGGAUGUUGUCAUAUCAUUCCUGUUAAAAGGCGACACCGAAAAUGCUAUACUUUUAUUAGACUUGCAUUCAGAUAAACAAAGACAAGAAUUCACUGCUUUACGUGAUUUGAUCCAAAAAAUGCCAAUUAUUUCAAAUAAUUACUUAUUGCAUGAGUUUUAUCUUCGGUGGCAAACCUGGAAAGAAGAUUGCGAUCAAAAGCUCACGGAUGGUAUCUUUGAUGGAAAUAUUAAACUUAAAUUAAUAGCUCGACUUCUUUAUGGUUAUGACGAUGCCUUUAAACAAGUGUUACAUUUGUUUGAGUCUUGGUAUCACUUAAUGGUGUCAUAUAUGCUGUUAACUGAUCCUUGUAUUAAAGAGAAAAGUUUGGCUGACUAUUGUCAUAUAUGUAUUGAUUUAUACACUUUUAAGCGACAGAACAAUGUUGACAAUAGUUUGGAUUUACUGAUUACAGCAGCUCUUAGUUAUGAUUUGAUGCAAAUGAUUCAAGAGAGCACCUGUUGUUGGGACGACAACUGGUGGUUUGCCACCCAUUUAGUCGAUCUCUUAUAUAAUGCAAAUCAAUUGCCGUUACAUUCCGUUGAAUAUCCGACAAAAUUCCGUGAAUUCUUUGUCAUUGAAUACGCAAACUCUUUGAUGUCAUACAAUAAUCUUUGGACGUUUGGAAUCGACUAUUUGUCUCAUUGUUUGGAAAACGGCUUACAAUAUAUUGAUAUCAAUCUUCAAAGGAUUGCUAUAACUGAAGAAUCGAGUGCUCAUAAAGUGAUUCACUUCGCAAACAAAUUGGGAUUAGAUUUCAUAACAAAAUCCGUUUGUAAAGUAUUGUCCCGUAAAUGGCUUUCCAGAAACAGAUUGGGUUCGGCUUUAUUUUGGGCCCUAAGAAGUGAAGAUCCGGCGCUUACUAAUCAUAUCGCAGAUAAAUUUCUCGACCAUUACAACAAAACUAGAGAAUUCCCCGAUGAAGAUGUCUUAAGUAAUUCGGGAAAAUUUAUGGUAAUCAGUGAUCGCAUGACAUUCUUAGCAAAAUAUUAUGAGUUUCAUCAGUUCCUUAAAGACUCACAAUUGGAAAGUGCGGCACAAUUAUUGAUCACACUCUUAGUGUCAAAUAUAGCGCCAAAAUUCUUCAUUAGUAGAUUACUAUUGGAUUCAUUGCCAUUAUUGGAAACACAGGAUAUUGUCUUUAAUUCAGAGCAAACUUCACAAUUGUUGGCAUCACUUGAAGAUAUGUUGAGUUUCGGUGAAAACUGUAAAGAAGAUGACAGUAAUAUUCAACUUCUUCAACAACGACAAGAUAUUCUACGGCUAGCAAUUGCCCGAAAUCUGGCCCGAACUUUCAUUUAUGGACAAUAACUACAGUUUAAUUAAUAGCUAUUAUUGC